UGCAAAUAGACGUGAGGGAUUUCGUGACUGCACAUGGACAAUGUGCUAUAUAAAUGUCGAAAUUGCUGGACUUUGGGUAUCAGUUAUCCAGCUGCUGUAAACACCACAACAAGUCCCAAACAUGAAGGUUCUCAUCCUCGCCGCACUCGUGACGAUCGUCGCAGCCAAGUCAACUUAUCCGGCAAAAACUUACAAACCUUCGUCGUAUUCGGCACCAGCUUAUGAAGCUCCUUCUUAUUCGGCGCCCGCUUACGAGAAACCCGAGACCUACAAAGCCGAACCCUACAGUUUCUCCUGGGAUGUUAAAGAUGAAUAUUACAAUGAUUAUGCUCAUUCGGAGACCAGCGACGGUCAAGUCGUCACCGGAUCUUACCGAAUUGAACUGCCUGAUGGUCGUGGUCAAACAGUGACAUACAGGGCCGACAGCAAUGGAUACGUCGCUGAUGUCAAGUACGACGGAGAAGCCAAAUACCCGCCUCCCGAUUACAAACCUGCUGCUUAUUCGGCUCCCGAAUACAAGGCCUCCACCUACAGGGUCCCUGCAUACAAGUCCCCUGUUUACAAGAGUCGCGCUCGAUAUUGAAUUGCAUGCAAAUGUAUCGCAUUUUGUGUUUCAUAGCUUAUGAAUUGUAUGCGCCCAAAGCCCUCCUUAAAAAAAAAAAAAAAUAAUAAUAAUAAUAAAUUUAUUUAUGUUUUUGAAAA